GCUGGAGCUCGGCUCUGCUGAAUUGUGGCUGACCAGCAUUGCGAAUAAAACAUACUCGGUGCACCGAGAGGAGAGGGAUGGACAAUACUUGCUCACUGCUGGUCAUGUUAAAUCGCCCCUGCUUUGGUCUCACCCACCAAUGAAGACUUCGGACUGAAUCAUCCUCUUCCACUUCUAAAGAAAAAGCAGGGAUUUUAAAGAGUCACGCCACUGUGGUUUGUCAUCUCGUCUGGGUAUUGCUGAAGACGCGGCGUUUUAUCCUGAUGGAGAGGCUUGAGAGGACGACUGACUCCCUGUAAUCAGAGCAAACAGAGAGGUGUGAUGGCCAGCUGGAGGCCAUGCCACCAUGUUACCACCGGGAGAGCGGCUCAGCAUCUGUCGGGCUGAGCUGCACCAAGAGGUAAAGAACCAGAGCAACUCCAGAGGAUGUCGCUGCUAACUUUCAACGUCAGCUACAACGUGUCCAACAUGGCAGCCUCCUUCUUCAGCUUGACACCUGAAGCAGACCACAACAACAUAACAGACAAGAUGGCUUUGCAGAUGGUAACUGUGCUGACAAACGUCACCAAUGCCACUGGCAUUCCACCACCUGGCGUAGAAGGGAGGUCAAGUAUGGGGAUGGUGCUUGUACCAGUUGGAAUUAUCACCGUUAUAGCAUUAGCUGUGGCGAUGGUAAGUCAGGUUCUAUACAUCAGGAAAAGGAAAAGAUUGGAAAAGCUCCGUCACCAGUUGAUGCCAAUGUACAACUUUGAUCCCGGCGAGGAACAGGAUGAACUAGAGCAGGAGCUACUUGAUCAUGGCCGUGACAUCGCUUCCCAGGGCCCGCAGAGCAAGAUUCUGAUGCCAAGUCAAGGAUCCUUGCAGAGGCCCAGCAGACUUGUGUUCACCGAUGUGGCCAAUGCCAUCAAAGCCUGAAUGAAAUUGGAUUCUGCUUCGUGCUCCAACUUGUGAAGGUCAAUCUGUGCAUGGUCGUGUCAUCUGCUUCCAGUCAUAUAUCGAUAUAUAGUCCUCUGGAUAGCCUGCUUCCCUACUCCCCCAGACCUCUAAGAUGUCAGUCACUUUGGGUACACCUCCGGACAUGCAUUUCAAGAGAAGAAAUGGUAUUCUGAGCAGGCAGUAAGAGGACAAAGUAGAAGCCAUUGGCUUGGCUUGGGAUUCACAAUGACAGGGAGUGGAGCAGGGGAUUAUUGAACUCAUUUCCUGUCAAUGUGAGUCCUGUUUCUUAGCUCCUCCGGUACUGGGCUGAAAUUUGGGGGCUUGGUGGAGCAGAGGGGCGAAGCCAUCUGCGCCCUUUCCCCUUUCCCAACCACUCACCAGCCCUGAAAAUUGCAGAAAAAGUUUACCGUUUCCAUUCUCUCUGGGUGGGGCAGUUCCCCCGACCCCCCCACCCUGCGCUCACCACUACUUGGAUGGAAUCCCUUAGUCUGUGCCCAUUUCAAAAGCAAACAAGGUGUCCCAUGACAUAUACAAGAACUAGCCUGAUCACGCGGUAGAGAGCUAGACUGGGCUGAAGCUACUAACAAUGUUUAAAUAUGAAUAUUUCACAGAGGCAGUGGGAGAGGUGCAGCUUCUGAAACCUCCACAGAAAUACUGAGGGUUCCUGCCUCUCCAAUCCAUUUUUUGUUCCCACUCUUUAUUCUUUCAUGGGAUGUGGGUGUCACUGGUAAGGCUGGCAUGUUUGUUUUGCCCAUCCUGGUUUCCCAUUAGCUGAUUAGCUUGCUGAGCCAUUUCAGAGGCCACUUAAGAGACAACCGCAUUGCGGUGGGUUUGGAGUCACAUGUAGGCCAGAAGAUUUCACUUGACUGGGUAAGGACAGCAGAUUUACCUCCGCCACCUCCCCCCCCCAAAGAGGAAUUGACGAACUAGCUGGGAUUUUUACAAACAAUCAACACCAGUUGUGUGGUCAAGUUGACAUUUAUUAAUUGAGUUCAAGUCCCACUUACUGCCGUUGAGAGAUGUUAAACCCCUGAACUCAGAGGGUUAGAGUGGGCCUCUGGAUCACCUCUGCUCUAGAGACAUGACCACGAUGCCAGCAUCCCCUCCACUCCCUACUCUACCCCUUAAUUUGUCUCUUCCUGCUCACCCCCCAUUACCCAUCCAUCAACAGCUGCCAUCAGCACCUCACCCAUAGCCUGAUGUUCCCACCAAGGCUCAGCCACUCAAAGUUAUGAGCUGGCUGAGGGAUGAGGAGAUGGGUUUGGGGGCAGGGAAGGGUGAUGUUGGUGUCUCCUUGCUUCCAGAGGGCCAGCAUCAAAACCAAAACCACAACCGUUUCAUGUUGUCUUGUCCCUUUGACUCUGGGCUGCCAUUUUGGAUUUAUCGGUCAAUUUCACAGCCAGGAAAUUGUGGGCACAAAGUGGUAGCGCUCUCCCCUCUAGGUCAAAAGACUAAGGUUUCAAUUCGGUCCCCAGGAUUUUAGCACGAGAUCUAAGCCAACUGGGGGAAUACUGCAUCGUCAGAGGCACCACCUUUGGGAUAAGACAUUAAAUCCAGGACCUGUCUGCCUUCUCAGGACAUGAAAAAGUGAAAGAGGAAGCAGGAUAGUUCUCCCUGGUGUUCAACAUCAUGACGGCAGACUGCCUGGUCAAUAAUACAUUGUGGGAUUUGCUCUCUGCAAAUUGGCUGCUAUGGCUCCGAAGUUACUGCAAUUCAAAAGAACUUAAUUGACUCAAAAGCACCUUGGGUUGUUCUAGGGUCAUGAUGGGUGAAUAUGAAGGUUUCUUUUGCUUUACAAGAACCUAUCCUUUAUGUUCAGUUACUGGGCUAAAUAUAUGGACAUCUUUCCAGAUGGAAACUCUAUUGAAAUAAAUGCAUAUCAACGUGACACUGUCUUAAGAUGUUCAAACACGAACCAAGGAACAGAUGGAAUAACUCUGCAAUUCUCUACCCAUUCAGAUCACUGUUAAAAAAUUCACACAACACCAGGUUAUAGUUCAACAUUUAGAUCACUGCAUAGCCCUUGUUAUUAAUCUCGCAAUGCAGAUGCAGUUUCAAGGAUUCCAGUCAUAAUUACUUUAUUCUUUCCACUGUGAAUUCUGAUCAGAGAACAGAGAACGUUACAGUGCAGUACAGGCCCUUGGGCCCUCGAUGUUGCGCUAACCUGUGAAAUUAAUCUGAUGCCCAUCU